ACUACAUUUUGUGAGGGUUUGCCUUCCUAAUGGUGCCUUUUACUAGUCCAUUUGGCUGGUUGGUUUUGGUUAUGCUUUUUUACUAUUCUGUUUAGUAUUUCUUAUGUUCCUACCUUGGUGAAGGGAACCCCUUCUGUCUUACAUAACAAACAGCUUUAUAUUAGACCUUACUACCAGGUUUGUUAACAUCUAAGAAAGAUUAUUUUAAAAAUUUCUAUUGAAAAUAGGAAUUCACAUACACUGUUGUAUCUUUAUUGGUCAAAGUAAGCUUUGAUUAACAAGCAAUAAGCUCAUAUAGUAACAAACUAUAGUUACUGAUGUUUAGUCUAGUCAUAUUCCUGUUAUUGAAUAAAUAUUUGAAAUGGCAAAUGCACUUCAAAACUCAAGCUCUUUAUAUAUCUCUGCUCGCCAGUCCUAGUAGCAGUUUUCCUUUCUGACUUGCAUUCAAGUUCUUCCUUUGGUUUCCCUGGUGGUGGAUUUAGGAGUGAAUUAUGUACAGCACAGUCUGCAGAUGUAUUUCUCACUGUGUCAAAAACUUCCUAUUUACAGAUAGUGAAGAACAAGCACUAUGACAUGCAUGUUGAAGUCACAACAUUAAACCAAGAAAAUGACAAGACUUUUGGUAAUGAAGAGAGAAUGUUUCAGGGAUACAAAACUUCCGAAGGGUUUAGGAAAGAAGACUUUGCAAAGAUGAGCACUUUCUUAGGAGAAGAGGUUUUGAGAACUGUUGAUGAUGCUACUCAGCUGGAAUAUUUUACAGAGGAAUAUGAUACUAUUAAAUUUCAAGGGCUCCGACAUGAUGUAACUGCCAGGCAGUUGACUGAAGUUAAACUUUUAGACAGGCUCACUGUUGAGCAGCUCAUUUCAGGGCAGAAAACUAUUGAUGAGGUUCAGAAAAGUCUUGAAAAAUUUUUAACUAAACCUACAGCUAUAGCUGGGCUGUACCUUGAAUCUAGCAAAGAGAUACUCUCUUUUGCUUUAGCAGCAAAGAGAAAAAUCAUAGGAAAAGCACUGGCCUUAGCAUUUUUAGAGGCCCAAGCAGCUACUGGUUUCAUUAUUGAUCCCACAACAGGUCAGAAAUUCUCUGUUGAUGAUUCAGUUGCUAGAGGGCUGGCAGAUAGUGAAUUCAAGAGCAGACUGCUUGAGGCAGAGAAAGCUGUUUUGGGUUAUUGCUGUUCUGGGAAAGUGCUGUCUGUAUUUCAGGCUGUGGAAGCUCAACUUUUAGAAAGACAAAGAGGUAAAAAUAUCCUUGAGGCUCAGAUUGCAUGUGGGGGAGUUAUUGAUCCUGUAAGAAGUGUUCGUGUACCUCCAGAAGCUGCUGUUCAGCUUGGCUUGCUUAAUAACACAAUUCUAAAAUUUUUGCAUGAACCUUCAAGUAAUGCAAAAUGUUUCCACAAUCCAAAUAACAGGAAAGCUAUGUACUACUGUGAUUUGCUGAAAAUGUGUUUGUUCAGUGUAAGCAGUAAAUGCUUUCUGCUUCCAGUUGGUGAAAGAAAAAUAAGCAGUCCAUCAGCAGAGAAAAGUCAUAAAACUUCUGUAAUAAAUGUUGACACAGGAACUGAAAUGACUUCAUAUGAAGCUUAUCAAAAAAAUUAUAUUGAUAAAGCUACAUAUCUGGAGCUUUCGAAACAGGAAUUUGAUUGGAAAGAGUCUACGUGUUUUGACUCUGAUGGAAACUCUUUUCUUUUGCUUACAGAUCUUAAAACUGGUGUACAGUUUAAUAUUGAGGAGACCUUAAAUCAGGGUAGAAUUGACAGAGCAUUAGUCAACAAAUAUAAGGAGGGCCUCAUCACAGUUAAUGAGUUUGGUGAUAUUUUGGUUAGCAGUUCACAGCCAGAUAAAGAUUUAAACAGUCCUAUUGCAGGGUUCUGGCUUUCUGAAACCAAUGAAAGAAUUCCAGUCUUAAAAGCCUCACGCAAAAAUUUGGUAGACAGAGUUACUGCCCUCCGAUGUCUUGAAGCUCAGGUUAGUACAGGAGGUGUGAUUGAUCCAUUUACAGGGAAAAAGUACAGUGUUUCAGAAGCUUUGCAAAGAGAGCUAAUUGAUGAUGGCUGUGCCAAGCAAAUCCAGCAGUGUGAGCUGAUCUUUACUGGGAUCAUUCACCCUGUAAGGAACACUGUUAUGUCAGCUGUUGAAGCUGUGCAUUUAAGUGCCAUAGACAAAGAGAUGGGCAUGCGCUGCCUGGAGUAUCAGUACUUGACUGGUGGCUUGAUAGAUCCCAAAUCCCAUUCCAGAUUAACAAUGGAAGAUGCAAUUAAGAAUGGUAUUAUUGAUGCUAUCACAGCUACAAAGAUGAAGGAUGAAAAAUUGCACACGAAAGUUUUAACGUGCCCCAAAACUAGGAAGAAGAUAACCUACAAAGAAGCUUUAGAUGGAGCUGUUUUUGAUUGCCACACUGGGCUGCGGCUGUUAGAAGCAGCUCAGCCCAUGAAAACAGGAAUUUCCAGCCUUUACUAUAAUUCAUAGUGGACAGGAGAUAUUAGGACUCCUUUUGGGCUCUGCUUUAAAACCUGUUAAAGUUAAGGAAAAUAUCUUGUGAUGACCUUUAUGGAAAAUCAUAAGUGGUGUUUUCUACCGUUAAUUAGUUGCUGUAAAACUAUUUGUUAUGAACAACUAAUUAGUACCAACCACUGAAACUGGAAUUAGAUAUUACUUAUUGCAAAACUGAAAUUUAGAGAUAAACAGAUUCAUAAUUUCAAGAUGCAAUCUAUGUGUUCAGUCUUUACCUGAAGGCCUUGUCUGUCAUUACCUUCCAUGUAGGUAGUGUAAAUGAGAAAUUAUAGUGAGUAUGGUGAAGUUAAUAUUAGUUCAAAGUGGGUAGAUUUAGGUGAGAUAAGAGUCAUAUUCUUACAUUAAAGAUUGAAAAGGACUGCCCAUUUUGUGAGUGAACACAGUGUAGUAUUUCAUGUGACCUGUUACUUAAAAUUACAAAUCAGUCUGCAGAUACCAUUUGUUUUACAAGAGUGACAAUAAAAUAUGCAAGGAUUAAAUCUGCAGUGUUGUAAGUACAUGCAUCAGUACUUUUUCUCACACUGGUAUUUCAUUAAUUUUAAUGGGCUGUUUACACCAAAAAGUUGUGUUUCCUGUUCCUGAGUUUUCCUCUUAUUUCACAUUGGUUUUUUUUUCUUAGAAUUGUUUUUCUGCUCUAAUAGGCAAAUGAAUUACAAUUACAUAUCAAAUUAAAAAAAAAAAAUCCAUUGAAAUAAAAUAUGUUCAUUUUUACUUAUGGUACAUGGAAGGGCUUAAGCAAGUUUUCUCAAUAUUGAUAAAUGUCCUCCUGAGAUUGUACUUACAUGAAAAGGAGUAUGUGUUCCUGUGCAGAAAAAGAUUAAAUGUCUCAGUAUUUUACUCUUAUUUUUUCUUGUUUCUGUGAACAUAAAAGCAAUGUAUUCUUCCUAAUUGUAAUUUGGUAGUCCAUGUGCAUAAUGUGCAAAAUACUGUUAUGCUGUAUUGGUUUUACAUAUCCUUAUCUGAGGGUAAUGCAAAGGCAGCAAUUUAAAGGUACUUUAUAUGCAAAUACUUCUUAGAUUUUAUCUGCUGAGUAAUGGCUGGGAAGCUAUGCUUUUUCUUGCUAUCAAUCAUUUUAUAAUGAUUGUAUGUGUUUAUGAAUAAGCACCUUUAUCAUAAUUAAAAAUCACUUGAGGUAUUAUUUUGUAUUGUUUAUAAUUAUGUGGCAUUUUUUUCCUACAUCAAAAUGUCAUAGUAAUGCAUGUGGUGGUAAAUAAAAAAGAAAUAGUUUUAUGUUUAUGUGGUGAUAAUAAUCACAU